ACAGUUCCAGAGAACCAUACUUAACUCAACAUUAGUACACACUUAACAUUGCACAUUAACAUUUCUCCUUUUCUGUUUGCAUUGUUCUACCUUGUUUUUUUUUUUUUUUCUCCUCUCUAUCUCUCUUCAAGGUCUGUGUCAGUUAAAAUCCUAAGUCCUCCCCCCGCCGCAAAACAUGGCUCACUCCAAAGAUCCUGUUGGCCACUGGAAGGACCUGGAAACAUGGCUGAGCGUUGUAACAGGCAGUCUCCUCCCUAAAGCUGCCGAAACACUGCAGCCCCUGACGCAAAACCAAUUGGAUGAGAACAUAGACAGCAUCAUGAAGCAAGACCCAAGUCAAAGCUUCAACCACAAGGAGCUGGCCAAAAUCACUGGUACUUUGAGUCACACACUCAUAGCCACCCUCAAGUUGAGUGACAGACACGCCUCCCAACUCCAACACAAGCUGACACGCCUGCAAGCCCGCAUCGAGCAGCUAGAGCUAGAGGCUCAGGAACGUCUGGAACAAGCAAAUGAGGUGGAUGAAGGUACCAAAGAGGAGAUCGACAAACUACAAGAAGCUCUAACGGCCAUCACAGAACAAAGAGAACAAGCCAGAGCAGACCACGCUGACGUCGCUAACAAGCUAGAUUACGCUGAACAGCUACUGAAGGAAGCGAAGGUGGACUUAAGAGACAAGAAGGCCAGAAUCAAAGCCCUUGAAACUCACCUGAGCGAAGCAAGACAUGAGAUCGACAGACUAAUGCAGGAAGUGGAUGACAUCAAAGAGGAGUCCGCCAGUGAACUCAGGCAUGCCUAUGCACUGCGCUAUGAACCUCCAAAGACAAGAUGUGCACCAGCCUCGCCCCUGCCAAGCAGGACAGGAUCCCCUGUUCCUGAGCUCUCACCUAUUGAAAGAGGUGAGAAACCAUGCCGAAGAUCUUCGCCAACACCUUCUGAAGAGCCUUACCUUACCCCACAGCGACGAGAGCCUGUGAUAGCCAGUCACAGAUCGUCAUACAGUCUGGACCUUAAAGACCUUGACAAGCUGGCCAGAAACAUUGGCAAGUUUACUCCAAGUGUGUCAGGUGGUUUGGAGGUCCACGCUUAUUUGCAAGACAUUGAUUUCCACCUGGAAAUGAGACCCAAUGUCUCUGACAAAGAAAGACUGUAUUUGCUUCGAGCCACAUCCAGCCCUGAGGUGCGCAGCUUCCUGGACCGACAACCGGCUCGGGUAAAGAACGAUUACCGUUUGAUCCAAGAAGCCCUCAUCAGAGAGUUUGCAAACCCUGAAUCAGAUCAAGGACUGUUAGGUGCUCUGGAGACAAAACAAGCUCGCAACGAGUCCCCACAUGCUUACUACAACCGACUCAGGCAAGCCUUUUUCGGAACUCGCAACGAACCGAAUAUGGAAGAAGACCUGAACUUUAAGAUUCUCUUCCUGAGAAACCUCCAUCCUGCAGUAAGUCAACAUCUCGGAGUACUCGCAUGCCCACGAACAAUGAGCAUCCAGCAAUUGCGAGAUUUGACACAGAAAGCCCACAACAAACAAAAGAUGGUGUUAGAGAAGAACACUAAAACUGCAAAAGUUCUUGACUUUAACACCCAGAAUCCAGAACUGGCACUAGAGGGUGCCCAACGCCCAAACAGCGUGAGACCACCAUCCCCAGCGUGGAAUGCGUCUUCGUCCAAUAGACAACGGAACUCCUACGAUGACACAAGACCUAAACAAAGGAACAGUCACUGGCAUGGACCGCAUGGACAACGACGCUCACCUGAACACCACCAGGAAAGAAACCAAUGGGGGUCAAACAAAAGCUGGUCACCAUCUAAGGGAAGACAUCAAAACCCUGGAUCAUCAAGUCCAAGGAGUCAACGAAGGUACUCCAAAAACUUCCACCCUGACAACGCUCAGACUCAAUCCCAGCAAGAGGAAAAUGCCCCACCGGGAUUUAACCCUCAAGAACUGGUGAAAUUGAUGAUGAAAGAGUUUCUCAAAUGCAUAGAGGAGGACAGGAAACGGGAAAAGGAAAAAGCAGAUUCAGCCUGACUAGUCGCCGAGCGGAGAAGCAACAACCGCCUGAACCAACAAACACUUGCAGGUGAAAGCCCUCAGGCUCCCAAAAGUGCCGUUCGGGUCGUCUGCCACUUCUCCGACAAACCUCAGUUCAGUCCUGAAACCCUUCCUGACCCAUGCCAAACUCCGCUACCUCCAUUACUGGAUGAACAUUUGACAGCUCCAUCAUCAUUGAACAACAAAUGGGGGAGGACCACAACUUGACACAGAUCAACUGUUCUACCCUCUACAUACUAACAUAACCUUUGACAUUCUAGGGAACACCUAGUUAAACACAACACUAAUACUUUCUCCUCUACAGCACUACUAGAACAACCUCUAGUAAGAGAGGAGCCACUCCACAUAUGCAACACUGUUAUUGCUGGUUUUUAACCUACCUUGUUUUUUUGCAUCCCUGUACCUCUUGAUUUCCUUCUUUCUCUCUCUCUCUCCCUAACUGAUUUGCAGUUCCAGUCCCCUCUACAGGGAACUCCUGCAAAUUCAUGCAUAGGGCCUAAAAGUAGGAUUGACUCCUUCUCCCAAAUUAGUGUCAAUUGCUGCAGAAUUAUUGCUUAUUUAAGUUGAAGCUAGCGCCACUCCAUACUUGCAAUGAAGUAAACUAGCUAAAUAACUAAAUUUGAAUUAUUUCAGGCAAUGUUACACUACACCUUGUGUUCUUGACCCGAACAAUUUAAGCUAAAACCUGCACCAGAACUCAGUCUAUGGAAUGGAAAUGUGGUUUGUGUCUUGUGUGUCUGUUCUCUCUCUACCUAUGCCUCUUGUUCCAGUGUCUGCCGAUGUUCAUGCCAGGAACAUCACCAUCCAAAUGGGGGAUGUGGGGAGUCAACGGAUCGUUCCAGAACCGAACAAGCCACAGACCAUGUUAUCCUUAAAAGAUUGGUUGGUGCCUACGAGUCUGAGAUUGAUUUCAUUUUCAAAGCAAUCCACAGGCACCCAGCAAAAGGCAAAUCCACAGGAUACCUAGCCAGUCAACAUCACAGUUGCGUGUUAAUUAA